AGGGUCAGCGCUGGGAAGAUGGCCGCUCUUGCCAGCUCCCUCAUUCGCCAGCGCAGGGAGGUCAAGGACCCCCAGGCAAACCGGCAGAUCGCCAGCAAGCGCAAGCCCUGCCCGAAGAGCAACAAGUCGCUCUGCCAGAAGCAAAUUCUUAUAUUAAUAUCCAAGGUUCGACUAUGUGGCAGUCGAGGGAGAAAAAUGGAGAAAAGACCGGAGCCCCAGCUGAAGGGCAUCGUCACACGGCUUUACUGCAGACACGGCUUCUACCUCCAGAUGCUGCCGGAUGGCACCAUGGAAGGCACAAAGGACGAAAGCAGCUCCUUCUUGCAGUUCAACUUGAUUCCUGUGGGGCUCAGGAUAGUGGCCAUCCAGAGCACCAAGACAGGGCUCUACGUUGCCAUGAACAGCGAGGGCUACCUCUACACUUCGGAACACUUUACGCCGGAGUGUAAGUUUAAGGAGUGUGUGUUCGAGAACUACUACGUCACCUACUCGUCCAUCCUGUACAGACAGACCCAGUCGGGUCGGGCGUGGUACAUCGGUAUCAACAGAGACGGACAGGUCAUGAAAGGAAACCGUGUCAAGAAGACGAAAGGAGCUGCGCACUUCCUGCCCAAACUUAUUGAAGUGGCCAUGUACAGGGAGCCCUCACUACACGACGUCGCUGAGCAGAGCCCGCCCAGAAAAACGCCCAAGACCUCCAGUGACUCGCCAGUGCACCAGAACGGCAAGAAGGACCCUCAAUCCAAAACCAAAACCUCUUCCUCCUAGCGC